AAGAAACUCUUUCAGCGAAUCCGGAAGUGUAGAGCCGAGACCCAUCUCUUGUGUCAAAACUCAAAACUGUCAUGGCUGCCUCCUGCUCGCUAGUGUGCUGCGGUGAGGAGAGUGAAAGCGACAAAGCCUUAGUUGUCCAGUUUUCAAAUGGCAGCGUGAAAGAUGCAGACAAGCUGGACUUCAGCGUGUACAAGCAUGUCGAUGAAAUUAACCCGAGGAAGAAGAACAGAAAGAUUCUGGUUGCUGAAUCCGACCGCCUGUGUUAUGUUGGGCAGAAUUUUGGAAACGGAGCACUGAAAUGCAACAACGUCUGCAAAUAUUAUGUUGGAGUCCUGAACAAACAGACCAUGCAGAUGGAAGUGCACAGCGCACAGCUGUUCAGCAUGCAGCCUGUCAUACCAGGAGAGACAGUCGAGGCUCCAAAACCUCAGGACAGUACUCUGUCCUACAGGGAAAAGGUCGAUUCUUUGAUUGAAGCUUUUGGCACCAAUAAACAGAAGCGAGCUCUGACCUCUCGCAGGCUAAAUCAGGUGGGCAGCGAUACUCUGCAACAGGCUGUGGCUAAAGCUGCAAGCUCUGUCAUCGACAAGAAGGGUCUGGAAGCGCUUCAGCAGGAAGUGGCUGAGACUGAGUCCCAGGGAGCUCUGGCAUCCCACCUGCCUCCCUGCAACGCAGACGCGGAGAAACGAGAGGACGUCUACCCGUUCGAUGAACUCCUGAGACCAGAAGAGUUUGCUGCGUUACAACAGGCUGGCUCAAAGAUGGCAGCGCUCACAGCUGAGGAGCUGAAGAAGAUGCGCGAUGAAGGAGGGUUUCUUUGUGUUGUCAAGCAUCUAGAGAGCUUGCCACCAGCGGGUGAAGCUAGAGAGAAAGUGGCACGCUGUGCCUUUUACCUCUCUCUGCUCUUCAAACUGGCUCGACAGAAAAACAUCAGCCGGAAGUUUGGGCAGGAGGAGGGCUGUCCUCGGAUCAUUCAGACGAAGCUGCUCAAAACUUUUAGUGUUGAAACUUUCAACAAUGGCAGGAUCCAGAACUUUGUGUCAACAUCAAUGCGGGCCAAAAUAGCAGCAUACAGCCUGGCUCUGCUGCUGCAUAUGGGUCACAUGACUGCUGACCUCUCCUUACUUCACCGUGACCUCGGAAUCACCGAGGCUAAGAUGAUCGAAGUUGCAAAGUCAAUGCGACUGUCUUUGACCAAACCGUCCCGGCUAAAAGGCGACGAGGUAGAAAUGAGCCAGGAAAACAAGCAAGCCUCCGUUGUUCUGCCUCUGGUCAAAUACGAGUCGUUCACCCAGAGACGGAAACGCAAGAAAAUGCACUGAAGACCGCGAGAAACCACAGACUUACAGUUUAUUCAUGUGUUUUGUAGACAAAUAAAGUUGUUACAUGAUG